ACGAAUGAAUGUAAAAGAGGAGGGGAAUGAGGGGCUGUGGAUGCAGAUGGAGUAGGGUCGUUGUCUUAUCAUAAGCAAAGAAGAGGUGGGUGAGGGAAACCAGAACCACUUCAAAUUUCAGCCCCAUAACUUUUGACUACACUCUACACACACACACGCACAUAGCAAAGCUGUGUGGAGAGAAACAUGGCAAGAAUGGUGGCACUUCAACAGAACCAACUAUCUUUCUCUCCCUUGGCCUCCUCUCUUUCUGACUUCAGUGGAACCAGACUUCAUACUCAACUUCAGUUUAAGAGAAAAUCAUGGCAGCCAAAAGGGUCUUUCUAUGUCUCUGCAUCAAGCACCAAGAAAAUCCUCAUCAUGGGAGGCACCAGGUUUAUUGGAGUGUUUUUGUCUAGGCUCCUUGUCAAAGAGGGUCACCAGGUCACUUUAUUUACGAGAGGUAAAGCGCCUGUGACUCAACAAUUGCCAGGUGAAUCAGACGGUGAUUAUGCUGAUUUUUCUUCCAAGAUCUUGCAUUUGAAAGGAGACAGGAAGGACUUUGAAUUUGUAAAAUCCAGUCUCUCAGCUGUGGGGUACGAUGUUGUUUAUGACAUAAAUGGACGAGAGGCAGAUGAAGUUGAACCCAUACUGGAUGCUCUGCCUAAUCUGGAACAGUUUAUUUACUGUUCUUCAGCUGGUGUCUAUCUCAAAUCUGAUCUAUUACCUCAUGCAGAGACUGAUGCAGUUGAUCCUAAGAGUAGGCACAAGGGAAAGCUUGAGACAGAAAGUUUGCUACAAUCAAAGGGUGUUAACUGGACUUCUAUAAGGCCAGUUUACAUCUAUGGACCCUUGAACUACAACCCUGUUGAAGAGUGGUUCUUCCAUAGAUUGAAAGCUGGUCGCCCAAUUCCUAUCCCUAGCUCAGGAAUACAAAUAACACAACUUGGUCAUGUUAAGGAUUUGGCAACAGCUUUCGUUAAGGUUCUUGGUAAUGACAAGGCCAGCAAGGAAGUAUUCAACAUCUCGGGAGAGAAAUAUGUCACAUUUGAUGGAUUAGCAAGAGCGUGUGCUAAGGCUGGUGGAUUCCCAGAGCCAGAGAUCGUUCACUACAACCCUAAAGAUUAUGAUUUUGGGAAAAAGAAGUCAUUUCCAUUCCGUGACCAGCAUUUCUUUGCAUCGGUUGAUAAAGCAAAGAGCGUACUUGGGUGGGAACCUGAAUUUGACCUUGUAGAAGGUCUUGCAGACUCAUAUAACCUGGACUUUGGCAGAGGAACAUUCCGGAAAGAGGCUGAUUUCUCAACAGAUGACAUUAUUCUUGGCAAGAGUCUUGUUGGUGUAUAAACUUUUCUAUCAAUUUUCAGUAAUUCAUGUAUAUUUAUAAAAUCUGUUCGGAUUUGCUACAAUAUGAAGUUCUGAAAUAUUCAUGAGCCUUUGAAUAUUAA